AUGGAGAAAAUGAAAAUGCCAUCCUGUACAUACGACGGAAAAGGGGACCCCAAGCGGUACGUGGCAGCUUUUGAGAGCCACAUGUUGCUCUAUACCGACACCGAUGCUGUGUGGUGUACGGUUUUUCCUACAACCCUGACUGGAGCAGCCUCGGAUUGGUUCUCCAAUUUAGAACCAGGGUCUAUUGAUUGCUUCGAGACCUUGGUGGAGUUAUUCACGGGCCAAUAUAUAAUUAACAGCGCAAGACAAAGGACAUCUAGCGAGCUCAUGGCCGUUCAGCAACGGAAGGAGGAGUCGCUUAGGGACUUCAUAAGGUGCUUCAAUAACGAGGCUAAUACCAUACCCAAGUUACAGCAAGAAAUUGUCGUGAUGGCCUUGAUGAAUGGUUUGGGCGGCAAUGACUUUAAAAAAUACAUGUCGCGAAAGUCCUUCCCCAAUUUAGGGGUAGCAUUUGCCAAAGCUCACGAGUACAUAAAGAGUGAGGAGUUGCUAAAAACAAGUCGUCAAAUAUCAUCAGCAGAGUCCUCCAGAAGGCAGAACGAUAAUAGCCCAAGCACCCAGAUGGGCGGGGUAAACAGGUUGCAGCCGCAAAACCAACAGAGAUCUGGAAGGCCGGCAAGAGGCCUGGGACUUUACAACAGUUAUACGCAGUUAAAUACCCCGAGAGCGGCAAUUUACUCGGUCAAUCAGAAUAAGGAAGACUGGAGUCGGCCGGCACCAAUGAUAACAAAUGGCCGAGAUGUAAAGAAAUACUGCAUGUUUCAUAGAGACGUUGGUCAUUACACGGAAGAGUGUGUUCAAUUGAAAGAGAACAUUAAAGAUCUUAUAAGAAAAGGGCGGAUGUCCCAGUAUCGAACUCAGGCAUGUCCCAGCCGGAAAUAA